AUGGAAGGAAUUAGGAAAAGUCUGCAAGUCACUAUUGAAAAUUGUGAAUUUGCAAAAGAGUUUCACUACUUCUUGACUGUCCAAGUUGACGGAGAGGGAGAAAAGAGGAGGACAGAUGUGUCAGCUGCAGUUACCAAUCCAGUGUUCUCAGCUAACUCGUUUUUCUUGCCAGUAUAGCAACACAAAUUAGAAUAGAACCCUCGACUGCAGUUCGCUUGCUUUGUAGUUACAGAUAGAAAGGAGAAUGCAGUCGACCUAGAGAACAAGGGCUAGGCAAGAUUAUUAGGAGAAUGUGUGUUGGAACUAGGGCCUAUUAUGAGUGCACUUAAUGAUAUUUAUGGAGUAGGAGUGAGACAGCAUUUGUCCCUAGGUCGUCGAAGAGAUGACAAGGAGGUCACUGUUGGUAGAUUCACUUGCAUCUUGAAACUGGUGGGUGACUAUAUGACAAAGUACGAUCAUUUUGAUGGAAGGACAUUGACUGGGCCUAAAAAGGCAAUAAGUCAGGUUCAUUUACUGCCAGCAGAGGAACCCAAUUUCAAAUGGAGAAUAAGAGUCGAUCUCAGAUGCGCUCUUGAUGCUCCAUUGAAUAGAACAACCCAGCAAGGACUGCCUUCUUGCUAUGCAGAGUUUGGUUGGUCUUUAUAUGAGCACACUGAUCCUGAUGAAUACAACAAAAUCAUGUCAGUUUUGGUCGAGAAUACCAGACACCCACAUUGGAAUCAAGAACUAUUAUUCCACAAUCCACCUGAGAUUUUGGAUUUAACUGGAUAUUUCUGGCUUAUUUUUAGAGAUAAAAACCAAAUUGAACCUUUUGAAAGGCUAUGUAUUCCCUUGUUCGCUUUCCAAGCCUUCAGACCAGUUCAUUUAGAGAUCUUAACUAGAAAUCAUUCGCUAUGCUCUGUUGUCCUGAACUGGGCCGAUUUCAGUCCUCUACCCUCAGCUUGCAAGAAGUUCUCAGUCAUCAUGACUACAGACGCCUUCAAACCUAACUCAAUUCCCUAUUUAUAAUUAGAUCUGAUGCAACAGGAUGCAAUAGCUAAGGUCUUUACAUUCACUAAUUAGCUUGAAUAUGGAGUGUUUGCAUCUCCAUGGAUGAGAAUGCCCCCUGAUGUUAUGGAUAACCAGUAUGGUGCGAUUGCCUAGUUCAUUAUACCGAAAUCCUUCUUAGAUAGGAAGCUUUCAAUGUUCUUGCUAGUUAAAGAUGAGACUAAAGCCACUGCUCAUGCUAUGCCUGAUGAGGUGUGUGGUUUCACUGAGUACCUAGAUGAUGUGCUUAGAAAGAUUUUAUUUUCAGUGCAUCAUGAAAGAGAAGUGCUAGAUGUUCAGUAUUUCACAGCUACUUCGGCAUACAAUGCCAUUUAGAACACAAGAUCUAAACUAGAAAUAUCAUGUCAUCCCCUUGAAGGAGUCUUUGAUUUCGACAAGAGACCUGGUACUGCUGGCUCUCAGAUGAGUAAAGAUCUAAACAGACUGAUUGAGGGUGGUCCAGAGUCAUUGCAAGAUCGUGAGAAAUGGCAACUACUGACUAGAGAGUUGGCUUAGAAGCAGGAGAUUAUUCAUAGAAUGAUGAAGGAGUUGGACGACAAGGGCUAGUCUUUGAAGCUUACAAGUUCUGAGAUAGUAGAUCUGCGCCGCACAAUCAAGAUGCUUCAGUCAGAAAAUGCUAUUCUAAGACGCAAGAUGGGAGAGGAGGAAACUAUUGAGCUGUAGAAUCUGGUGGCUAAGGAGAUCUCUUACAUGACCAAUGAAGAACUAAAGAGCAAGAUUAUUAAACUGGCUCAGGCCUACAGAGCUGAGAGACUAAGGAAUGAGGAGUUUGAGAGAGCACUCAAGUCAGCAAAUGUAGACUUGGCUCAUGCUAAGCAGAUGCAAACUGAAUUGGAAAACAUGCAACACGCCUAUAAUGAUACUGCCAAAAGACUAGCUGAACUUAGCAAAGAGCUUCAAAAGACCAACUUAUACAAGGACACAAUUAGAAAACAAGAAAAGGUUAUUGCAAAGCUAGAAGCACUUUUGGAGAAGACUCUUAAGGAUACUUAAAGAGCUCGCGAUGGCAUGCUAGAAUUGGAGAAACUGCGAACUGAGAACCUCGAACUUCAACAGGCACUGAAGGGCAACAUGUUGAACUUAGGUGGAGACAAUGAUGAAGUAGACAGACUGAGGAGAGAAAUCAGCAUUUUGGAAAGCUUAGUCUCUGAGCUAAGAGAAGAAUUAAAGAAUAAGAGACCCUAGACGGCAGGAGCUCACGACUGGGAGGAUGAGAAGAUCGACUUUGAGGUCAGACUCCAGAAGUCUCAAGCAAGAGUUGAUGCCAUGUAGCACGAGAUGACCAAUAAUGCAGCAAUGUAUGCUAAAGAGAUAACCAAGCUUAGACUCAUCAUAUCUGAGAAGGAGUCUAUUAUUGAGACCAUGUCAGCUGAUAUUUACAACAGAUGA